AUGAACUAUUAUGAUGAACCGAUCCCGAACUUGUCGGUCCUCCCCACGUCAUCGCGCGGGGCAGCGGGGUUGGAGAUGCAACACAGCGGCAGAGCCACCACCGUUAGUGGAACCCCCGAGCCCAACGUCACACGAGAACCCAACGGCCCCGUACGCCGACCUCCGCUCCACGUGGUGCCGGUCCACCUCAGGCCGGGCAGAUCGGGGUUUCUUGUCGGGAGAGCAUUGGGAACUGCCAACGCACAUAAGUGGCCCGAGGAGCGCGCCAUGGUCCGCACGGUCAACUCCGCUUAUAGCGUCAUUGAGGUUUGGCGGAGGCUCGUCGCAGCGGCCGAUUUUAACGUCCUCCGUGUCGAGCGGGCCGCGCUGCGAAGGAAUGAUCAAGCCCAGGAAGCCAGCCGGCUUGUGCUGAAGUGGGAGCAAGAAGGCGAGAAACGCGAGGGACCCGCCUAUUCAAUUAUAGGCUCGUCGUACGAGAAGGUCGAGGCAACAGUAGCAGACAUUAUCGUCAUUCUUACGGCGCUGUAUCAGCGUGCUGAUGAUAUACCCGCUACGCCACUUACGAGGGUGUCGGUCCACCACGCGAUCCUUCAACUGGGUACCGGCGGUUUCCGUCUAGGCUACCUUGAAGAUACCCUGUGUAAGCAGUUCACCAUAUCCAUCGUGCGCGAUCCCGAUGAUCCGACCCGGGUUAAGCCCAUUGUCACAUACAGGAUCGAUCGGAACAAGAUCAAGGAGGCCGAGAAGACCGUCAAAUACAGGAAGAACACAUCCGUCGCCCACUCUACCACUCUUGUGCCGUUUCCCCUUCUCGAUUCAGCAAGCCUCGUGAUCGCCCGGGCGAUAUAG